CAAAGUCGCUAAAUUGACCAGGACGGGUUCAAAUGUUUCCCCUUUCUGCCUCGGACUCCCAGAACACUGGGAUUACAGCGUGCACCACCACGCUGGCGGGAUGCUUUUGUACACGGGUAGAGGCAAGACCCUAGGCUGCUGGAGAGAGAGGAGUGCAUGCCCUGCCAGCUGACGCCCACAGGCCCGGCUGAUGUUCGAGGGGGAGGUGGCCAGCUUGGAGGCUCUGCGCGGCACAGGCCUGGUGCGUGUGCCUCGGCCCAUAAAGGUGAUAGAUCUGCCGGGAGGCGGGGCCGCCUUUGUGAUGGAGCAUUUGAAGAUGAAGAGUUUGAGCAGUCACGCAUCAAAGCUUGGGGAGCAGAUGGCAGAGUUGCACCUUUACAACCAGAAGCUCAGAGAGAAGCUGAAGGCGGAGGAGAACACCUUGGGCCGCAGGGCGGAGGGUGCCGGGCCCCAGUGUGUGAGUAAGUUCGGCUUCCACGUGGCGACAUGCUAUGGCUUCAUCCAGCAGGUGAACGACUGGCAAGAUGACUGGCUGACCUUCUUCACCAGGCACCGGCUCCAAGCACAGCUGGACCUCAUCGAGAAGGACUACGCUGACCGGGAGGCUAGAGAGCUCUGGUCUAGGCUACAGGUGAAGAUCCCAGAUCUGUUCUGCGGCCUGGAGAUCGUCCCUGCCCUGCUCCACGGGGACCUCUGGGCUGGAAACGUGGCCGAGAAUGACGAGGGGCCUGUCGUGUACGACCCGGCUUGCUUCUACGGCCAUUCGGAGUUCGAACUGGCGAUUGCCCUGAUGUUUGGGGGCUUCCCCAGGUCUUUCUUUACUGCCUACCACCGGAAACUCCCCAAGGCUCCGGGCUUCGACCGGCGGCUGCUGCUGUACCAGCUCUUCAACUACCUGAACCACUGGAAUCACUUCGGGCGCGAGUACCGGAGCGCGUCCUUGGGGACCAUGCGCAAGCUGCUAGCCUAAUAAAGUCUGCGUGUCGAGUC